AUGGGUCAACCGAAGCAGUCCGAGCCCGUCUACUACAAGCCGACCGCACCAUCAUCAUCGGCCUCAUCGACCCACUCGAUACCAUCCGUACCACCACCGCCCUACUUCAAGUCGCAAUUCAUCUCCCCGUCCUCAUUCAAGUCCGCGGUGAAUGCCAAACUCGACAAGCCCGUCGUAUCCCUCUUCCGUCUCAGCAUCCGUAUCUUCCAACUCGCUUUCGCACUCGCAUCGGGCAUAUCCUACGCCAUCGAAUUGAGCCAUGCGACAAGCACUUCGAAGACCGACUUCAUAUUUGCGCAAGUCGUCUUUGGGCUUACCCUGUUGGUUCUAGUUAUCGACAGUGUGACAGUACGCAACUACCGUGUCACUUGGAUCCCGGAAUGGAUCUUGGCGGUCUUAUGGAUUGCCUCUUUCGGCCUCUUCUAUACGAUCUAUUCAAGCGGGGACAUCGAGCAAGGGUACCAGAAUGUGGAUGUGGGGCGCAUGAAGAGAGCUGUGUGUAAUGUGCUGCUCGGGGAUCAAAGCAACUAUCAAGGCAAAGAUGGACAGACGAAGACAGAGAAAGGAGGCAAGGCGGCAAGUAAGGGAGGUUAG